AUGCUCAACUGGCUAGCCCCAUCCUCGGUCUCGCCUGAUGACCCUGUCCGGGCAUGCUUUGUGAUUCUAGUACGCAACAAUGAAUUGGGUGGAAUCGUCUCGACAAUCAGCCAGAUUGAAAGCACAUUCAACAACAAGUUUAAAUACCCAUACAUCUUCUUGAACGAUGAAGAGUUUACGCCCGAGUUUGUGGACACAACCUCGGCCUUGACAACCUCUGUCACUCGUUACGGUAAACUCGACCAGCAGAUGUGGGGUUAUCCUUCGUACAUCAACCAGACGCGGGCUGCAGAAAACCGCCACGAACUAGCCAAGCAAGGUGUGCCUUAUGCUGACAGCGAGUCUUACCGCCACAUGUGCAGAUUCCAGAGUGGGUUCUUCUUUAGACAUCCGCUUUUGGAUGAAUUUGACUACUAUUGGCGUCUGGAGCCAGAUGUUGAUUAUUACUGCCAGCUUGAUUAUGAUGUUUUUAAAUACAUGAGAAACAAUGGCAAGAAAUAUGGUUUCAAUAUUGCUUUUAGAGAGUUUAUGGCUACUGUCCCUUCACUGUGGGGUACAAUUGAAGCCUUUAAAAGAGAUUAUCCCGAAGUAAUGGAGCAUUUGCCGGUAAAAGAAGACAGUUUGUGGAAGUUUGUUACAAAUGACAAUGGUGAAACCUACAAUUCUUGCCACUUCUGGACCAACUUUGAAAUCGCAUCGCUGGCCGUUUGGCGAUCCAAUGAUUAUCUCAAGCUAUUCAGCUAUCUAGAUCGAUCGGGUGGUUUCUUUUAUGAAAGAUGGGGUGAUGCUCCUGUUCACUCAAUUGCAGCCACUAUGCUGCUUCGUAAAGAUGAAUUCCAUUUCUUCAAUGACGUCGGCUACAGACACACUGCUUACCAGCACUGUCCGGUGGAAGAAGAGUUUAGAAGCAAAUGUAGAUGCGACCCUCAAAAUAACUUUGAUCUGCACUUCCAGGGUUACUCAUUGGAUGAACAAAUUUAUGUUGACGAAUAG